UUGGGGAAAUAUUGCCACUAUGUAGAAUAUUUACGUUGCCGGCUCAACUUCCUCCUUUUUUAUUGCAAAGAAACCUGUUGAUCAACUGUAGAUUAUUACUCAGCCAGUUGGAAUAUGACUUAUGUGCUCAGGCGACGCAUGAAACAAUGAGAAACGAGGAAGGUGUACUUCCCGUGACCACGCCUCCAGACACCGGUUCCUUGAUAAGGCGGCUGCACGGUCUGCUGAAGUCAAACGCAUCUGUGUACAGAAGUAUGGCGCAAACAGUGAAUAUUGUUUCCAGGCAGCAGUGGGGAGCAGUUCCCCCUAAAUCAAGAGAGACUUUGAAAGGCCCUGCCCAGAAGGUUAUCAUACACCACACCGACCUCCCAAGGUGCAAAGACCAGAGCGAGUGUAUGAAGCGCCUUGUCAGCAUUCAAAGAGGGCACAUGACAGACAGAGGCUUCGAUGACAUUGGAUACAAUUUUCUUGCCGGAGAAGACGGUACCGUGUACGAGGGCCGUGGCUGGGGCGUGGUGGGAGCACAUACUAAAGGCAACAAUCAUGACUCACUGGGGGUUGCCUUCAUGGGAAAUUUCCAAAAUGACAUGCCAAGCACAGAGGCAAUGUCGUCAGUCAAACAGCUGCUGCAGACUGGAGUCUGUGACGGCUUUGUAUGCCCAAAGUUUGCCUUGUUCGGACACAGAGAUCUGGGAAACACCGAUUGUCCAGGAGAAAAACUGUAUGCUGCGCUCUCACAACUGAAGUGUUCCACAUAAAGCUCGUUAUUAUAAUAUAAUUAAUAUGUUUGAACAUUUGUCAAAAUAACAAUCAAAUAUUAACAAUGUGGGCAAUACAUUGUACUUAUGAAUACUGUGCUUGAUAUUGUUAUUAGUGGGUCGUGGUGUAAGAUUGAACCUCUUCUGUUAUUAUGCUACAGGUAUUUUGGGAAAGAAAUACCGUAUUAUCAGCAACAUUAUGAUUAUUUAAUACAUUUUUUACUAAGGUGAGGAGUUGUCCUUUUGCCUCUCCAACAGAGGACAGGGUUAGCCACAGAGAAGAGCAUUCUGCGUUGAUAUAAAUAAUGAUAAAAUAUAAUGUACUGUAUAAAGGCCUAGACAUUGUGCUGUGUUUCCAUGCAUAUGGUUCAGGGUGCUACUGUAAACAACACAAUAAAAAUAUUCAACAGAGAAAAAGAAGAGGAUUACAAGUGUUGAGACAACAAUGCGUGCUUUCUGCACAGCCUGAAACAUUCC